GUAUGGGUGGCGUUUGUGUCUAGAACACUAUAUCUAAUUUGUAAUUCACAGGGAGAGCAGCAGUGAGACAGAGAGCGUUUGCCUGCAACUGUGAGCAGAGAGGAGGUAUAGAGCAGUAACGGCAAAAGAAAACUUGAGCUUGCGAGUCAAAGUUUCAUAAAAUUUUCAAAGAGGGCUUAUAAAAUUCAAACUUCUGAGAGAAUGUCACUGCUUGUCUGCCCGUUGCUUAGCGUGCUGUUUGUUCUCAGCAGUCUCCUGAUGAAUCCAUUUACAGAGGCUUGUUCAUGUGCUCUGUCUCAUCCACAGGAUGCCUACUGCAACUCAGACAUAGUAAUCCGAGCAAAGGUGGUAGGAAAGAAGUUGCUGAAGGAUGGACCAUUUGGGACAAUGCGCUACACUGUCAAACAGAUGAAAAUGUACAAAGGGUUUAAUAAAGUGCAGCAUGUUCAGUAUAUCUACACAGAUGCUUCAGAGAGUUUAUGUGGAGUUAAGUUUGACGUCAACAAGUACCAGUAUCUGAUAACUGGCAGAGUUUUUGAUGGCAAGGUGUAUACAGGACUGUGCAACUUCAAUGAGAAGUGGGAAAGACUGACACUGUCCCAGAAGAAGGGGAUCAACCAUCGUUACCAGCUGGGCUGUAACUGCAGGAUUAAGCCCUGCCACUACCUGCCCUGCUUUGUGACUUCAAAGAACGAAUGCUUAUGGACGGACAUGCUUUCUUACUAUGGAUACCCUGGAUACCAGUCCAGACACUAUGCCUGUAUCCAGCAAAAAGAGGGUUACUGCAGUUGGUACCGAGGAAUGUCAUCCCGUGACAAAACCAUCAUCAAUGCCACUGAUCCCUGAGCUGCUACUCACCCACAAAUAGAGCUUGAUAGGACUCUAAAACUCUUAAUCCAACGUGACGACCAUGCCAUGACAAAUUAGUGCCUGUUUCCUUGCAGUGCUAGCACUUCAAAAACAUAAAGACUAUGCUGUACAUUUUGUUUAUCAGAUUUUAUAUUUUCUCCAGUCCAUAACCUUUUUCUAAAUUUUGUUUUGCUUGUUUUUUAAAUUAAAAUUUAUCUUUGAUUCUGAAUAUUCCUUAAAUUCCCAGUCAUACAGGGCCAUAUUAUAAAGAAUAAGGAUGAUGACAACAUACUAAAUCAUUUGCUAGCAUGCUAAGUCUUCAUGAAUUAUGGACCCUUCUUCUUUGAAAGAAUGCUAUGAUAGGUGAUAAUCUAGUUAAUUUAUCCUUCCUUCCCUUUAAAAACUGGUUAGGAAGGGAAGUAAUGACAAAGGUUCAAAAGUGGGUCUCAGCUUAGAGCUCAAUGAUAAUGCUUCAUUUUCAUUUUUAAGUCUUCUCCUACAGUAUGUACUUCCAUCUCAGUUGAUGACUCUAGGAUAUUUUGAGAUUUAUGCUUUUGGUUCUUAUCACAAAUUCCUGUCAGAGUACUUAUAUUUAAGAAAGGACUUUGAAUGUUAUUUGCUGAUUCUGUAGAGUAUAUAUAAAUUUUAACGGUAUCAUAUUUAUUAUAAUUUGCUUUUCCUAUGCUCUUAAAAUUAGUUUUAUGUUUUAAAAAGAAAAUAAGCUGAUAACACAUACAGUACAGUAUGCUUUUAAAGGAAAAAAUAAUGUUAAACAAACUGUUUCUUAAUCUAUUCUCCCUUUUAAUUUUUUAUGAGAUUAUAUACCGUUCCCAUUAUUCCUAUAUUGGAUAUUAAACAGUUCUCCACAAAAUAUUCAAUUAUAUCAUAUUUUAAACCUGUUCUACAGAAAUUUUUAUUAUCUUUUUGAAUCUCUAUAUAUACUAUACAUGAAAUAAGUAUAUCUGGGCAUGAAAAGGUGACCAUCUCAUUAAUAUAACAUUUUUUCAUUUAAGGUCAACAAGACGAUACAUUUUUAGACAACAGUCAUUUCAAUGGGAAACAAAAUUACUGUAAGGAUAAACUCACGAAACUACAAGAACUUCCAUCAGCUAGUGAUUUUCAUUAAAACUGUUUAAUCAGUACUAGUUCACAUCUCUAUUCUGUUUCUUGAAUGAAGAAAUUAAAGUAAGUUUAUCUAAAGGUUAAAUAAGCUUUGUUUUAAAAAAGAAUAUUAUCACACAUGAAAUGUAAAUCCUGCACUGAUUUGUAUUUCUGCUAAUUAUAAAUGGUACUUCUUUAAAGCUUGUUCAUGCCUUGGGUACUAAAAUGAUAGGACACUCUGGCUCUCAAGUUGAGAUUUCUGGAGAAAUGAUUCAGCAUAUACACAAAUUUUCUUAUUUGCUUACAAUAUAUGCUUUGACAAAAUGGUUCAGAAUAAUAUAUUUUCACUAAACAUUUAUAUUUGUUUGUUGUUGUUUUGAGAGGUCUCCAAUAAUAUCUUCAAUUCAUUCCUCUGUAGAAGUGAAGUUGUCACACCACUGAGGGAAGAUAGGCAAUGAGAGAUUUUACCUUAAAAGGACUAGAUAGAUUAAAAAAAACAUUUCAAGAAUUGUAAAUUAAUUUUCUGUACUGCUUUUACUUACAUCGAGAAAGGAAAGAUCCAUAAUUCUUAAUUAGCCUUUGACAUGAGUCAUUUGCCUUUAUAAAGCUGUCCUUCAGACCGUUUCUUUCCAUAUCAGAUAAGUUCUUAUGAUAAAAAUCAAGACAAAACUGAAAAGCUAGUGCUAUCAGAGAUACAGUAUCACACCUCUGACAACAGCAUCCUGCUCUCUCCACACCCAACACUGAGAUUUGGUAGGAGUUAUAAUGUCGAACGGCAAUACCUCAGUCUUUUCCUGGAAACAAUGCUAAAAUAGUGAAGCUGAUUUACAAAGCAACUUUUUACUAUGUUUUUAAACAUAACCCCCUCUUGCCUUCUUAGGGUACAGUACAGAAACUGUCUAUGGAUCACAACCUUGGUGAAUCUCUUAUGGUACCAGUUGCUUUGCCACUCAAAGUUAAAGUAAUGUUAACUUUAACAGAGUUAACUUUAACUCUGUUAAAGUAAUGCUGACUUUUGCUUUAAGACCCAGUUGUUGUGACAACUUUCUUUCAGUAUUUUAGUUCAUGUAUACAUCUGUAGUUCAUGUGUAAAUACACUAUCUUCUUAACAUAAAAACUGCCUAUGUCACACUGAUUCCACAUGAGUUGAAAUAUAAUAGAUGACACAAAACUGUACUUACAGAUGCUUUCUAAAUUGGGAGUAUUUGAGAGAAUAUGUAAACACUGAUUUGUGGGGCAGCCAUUUCCUGUAGGGGUUACAGAAAUGUUUGUUGACUUUUAAUCUUUGUGUUUUAUAUUUUUGUAAUAAAGAUGUAAUGAAAAACAA